AGAAAGCAGGGACGGAAGAAAACAACUUGGAGCUGAGAGAACAAAAUUCUGUAGGAAAUAGGACACAGCGAAUUGAGAGGAUUACAGGAUUUAAUUUUAUUAUUCUGAGGAAGAAUAUGACCAGAAAUGAAAAAAGGCCUUAAGUGAAUAAUGGUGCAAAACCCUGAAGUUAAGAGAGAAAAAAAUGUGGAGAGAUUUAUAACAUAAAGGAUCCGUGUGGCGGAUGAAAUCUUACUUGGAGGAAUCUAGAUACCUCUACAGCUCAGAGAGAGAAUUAUUUCAGAACAUCAGGUGAUCCAUCAAACCCUGGACCCUCACUUCCCUUCUUUCUCCACCAUGUAUGUUUUCAUAUUUAGCCUGAUGCUCAUCCCUUCAAUAUUUGGUGCCUCUACUCCUCCUCCAAAUGCUUCAACUUGUGGCCCAAGCCAAAGGGAAGAGUGCAUAGAUGGCGUCAUACUACCUGCCUGGCUACCACACCCUCCAUCCACUGGGGAUCGUGCAGCACGUGCCAUUGUAUAUUUUGUGGCACUUGUCUACAUGUUCUUGGGAAUGUCCAUCAUAGCUGACCGCUUUAUGGCAUCCAUUGAGGUCAUCACUUCACAAGAGCGCCAAAUCACAUUACGGAGGCCGAAUGGAGAGGUGACAGUGACAAGUGUACGCCUCUGGAAUGAAACAGUUUCAAACCUCACACUGAUGGCCCUGGGCUCAUCAGCUCCCGAGAUUUUGCUUUCCAUCAUAGAGGUAGUCGGAAGAGGCUUUGAAGCAGGUGACAUGGGCCCCAGCACUAUCGUUGGCUCUGCUGCUUUUAACAUGUUUGUGAUUAUUGGCCUCUGCGUUAUGGUGGUCCCUGAUGGUGAGACUCGCCGCAUUCGGCACCCACGUGUCUUUGCAGUGACUGCAUUUUGGAGUGUUUUUGCUUAUGUUUGGCUUUUUCUGAUUUUGUCCUGGUCCUCUCCUGGGGAAGUGGAGGUGUGGGAAGCACUACUGACAUUCUUUUUUUUCCCAGUGUGUGUUCUACAGGCCUGGCUGGCAGACAGACGUCUUUUAUUUUACCGUUACUCAGGACGAAGGCAAGGCCGAGCAAAGUAUAGAGCUGGCAAAAACCGAGGUGUUUUGGUUGGUGCAGAAGAUACAGGUGGACAAGAAGAUGUAGGGGAAAUGAGAAUCACUAGUGGUGAAAGAGUUAUAGAUUUUGAUGAUGAAGAGGAAGAAGAGGAAAGAAGAGAUAUGGCUAGAGUAUUUAAAGACAUGCGUCAACGUUAUCCUGGAAAGGACAUGGAGCAACUAAUGGAGCUUGCAAACUACCAGGCUCUUGUGCAACAGCAAAAAAGCAGAGCAUUUUAUAGGAUCCAGGCCACCAGGAUGAUGAUUGGUGCUGGGAAUGUACUAAAGAAACAUGCAGCAGAUCAGGCAAGAAGAGCGUUGACAGAUGGUGGAAACAAAGAUGGAGAGGGGAGUGGUAGAGGAGAGAAUGGGGAGACCUGGACGGAAGUGGAAUUUGAACACACGCACUAUCAGUGCUUUGAAAAUUGUGGAACAGUUAGUGUGUGGGUAUUGUGUAAGAGGGCAGAGGGUGAAGGGGCAGUCCAGGUAGACUAUAGGACGGAGGAUGGAACAGCCAAUGCGGGGUCAGACUAUGAACUGGCAGAAGGAUCUCUUAUUUUUCAGCCUGGAGAAAGCAAGAAGGAGAUUCGUCUUGGCAUCAUUGAUGAUGAUGUUUUUGAGGAAGAUGAACAUUUCUAUGUGCAACUAAGCAACCCACGCAAGGCACGAGGUGUGAGGGAUGGACCUGGGCAUGUAAGGUUGGGGACAGGAAGGAGAGCCACAGUGACUAUAUUUGAUGAUGACCAUGCAGGUAUCUUUAGCUUUGAGUCAGGCAGCAUGAGAGUGAGUGAAAGUAUAGGUACCAUGAGGGCAAAAGUGGUAAGGGGGUCAGGUGCAAGGGGAAAGGUUGUAAUACCUUAUAGGACCAGUGAAGGUAGUGCAAAAGCUGGAGAAGACUACCUAGAAGUUGCUGGGAAAGUGGAGUUCCAAAAUGAUGAGACCACGAGGUAUAUUGAAAUUCAGAUCAUCGAUGAUGAAGAAUAUGAAAAAAAUAAGAACUUCUUCAUUGAACUCGGAGAACCGGAAAUGCAGAGAGGAGGUAAAAUGAAGAUGAAAAUGAACAGACAAGUGGAAAGUAAGCUGCGAUCUAGGGAAGGAAGAAAGGUUUCUGGUGACAAUGGUGAAAGAUGGGUAGUGUGUACCAAAAGUGGUGAAGAGAUUGCCGGAAGUCCCAGCUUGGGGGAACAUCGCAAGAUGGAAGUUAUAAUAGAAGAGUCAUAUGAGUUCAAGAACACUGUGGACAAGCUGAUUAAAAAAGCUAAUCUGGCUUUGGUGGUUGGGAGCAGCAGCUGGAGGGAACAGUUUGUGAGUGCCGUCACAGUCAGUGCAGGAGAUGAUGAUGAUGAGGAGAGCAGUGAGGAAGGGCUACCCAGUUGCUGUGACUACAUCAUGCAUUUCCUGACCGUCUUCUGGAAGGUGCUCUUUGCCUUUGUGCCCCCCACUGAAUACUGGGGUGGCUGGGCCUGCUUUCUGGUCUCCAUCUGCAUCAUUGGAAUCCUCACUGCUGUCACUGGUGACCUGGCUGCACACUUUGGCUGCACAGUUGGCCUCAAAGACUCCGUCACUGCUGUGGUCUUUGUUGCCUUGGGUACAUCUGUACCAGACACAUUUGCAAGUAAAGUGGCAGCAGUCCAAGACCCUCAUGCUGAUGCUUCCAUUGGUAAUGUGACAGGUAGCAAUGCAGUUAAUGUGUUCUUGGGCUUAGGUGUUGCAUGGAGUAUUGCUGCGAUAUUCUGGGCAGGACAAGGCAAAACAUUCCAUGUGUCCCCUGGUAGCCUUGCAUUUUCUGUCACUCUCUUCACUGGGCUCUCCCUUGUCUGCCUCUGUGUUCUCCUCUACCGAAGACGGCCACCAAUAGGAGGAGAACUUGGGGGUCCACGAUUGCCCAAAAUCCUGACUGCCCUUGUAUUUGUUGGGUUGUGGUUAGUGUACAUCCUACUUGCAUCACUGGAAGCUUACUGCCACAUACCUGGUUUUUAAAGACUGUUUGUCCUUAUUUGAGGUUUGUCUUCCCAAGAUCUUUUGGUCAAUUUCUAUACAGCUUUUUAACUUCUCAUUCAUCUUAAAUAAAAUAAAUAAUGCACAACAGGGACAAUUGAUGUGAUGACAACAUUAGCCAUUGGCAACAUAUCUUUGCUCCUCACUAUGUUGUCUUACCAUUUAGGAGAAAUAUGUCAAUUGAACCUCUAAGGGCAAAGCAAAUUGUAAUUGUUCUGCCCUUUACAACCACACAAUUAUGGAAAGCACUGUUAUUUUAUGGACAGUUCAGAUAACUAUUACUGUAUGGGAUUGUUCUGAUUUGUGUGAACUUUGUCAUUAAAUACAACUGCCACAUCUGGAAAUGUUAUUCCACUGUUAUUCCACUGCCAGGAGCAGUUGGGGAAGAUUGUACUCUGAAAGAAAGUGAAGUUUCCUUGUUUUCAGUUUCUUUGGCUGUUGAAGUGACACAAAAAAAAAAAAGACCACAUCCAGGGCUUCCAUUGUCUACGCUCAACAAAAUGGGGUCUUCCUUUGUAAGGAACUGCCAUGGAAUCAGGGAAAUGUUGGACUAAAUAACAGGGCAAUUCUAUUUUUGAGUUCAUGUCUCAAGCUCCUACAAAGUCAAGGACUGUAUUAAUAGACAAGUUAAAAAAAAAGAAAAAAAAAAUGACAUUUCUGAAGAUAAAAUUUCCUUAAGGGAAGUCCACAUAAUCUCAGGCCAAAGUACCAGUAAUAAAAACAUGUUUGAUCUUCUAUGAAAGAAUUUCAUAUGUGCAGUAGGAAUUUGGAACCUAAAGUAAAAAAAAAAAUCCAAUUUCUAUUGCAACAUGGAAACAUCUAAAUUUGCACAUUAUAUCAAGGUGGACUGAGAGGUUCUUUCGUACAAUGGGGCACCAGGCUUAGAAUGUUGAGGAAAGAAGUAGAAGACUGAAGAAUCAUUGCAGGAUUAUUUGCCACUGUGUCAAUAUGAUUGUUCUCUGUGAGUUCUUUGCAUGUAAACUCACUGUAUAACCCUUAUGUGUAUGUGUGUUUGGUAUGUUUUAAUGUACAUACAACAAGUAUGUAACUUGUUUAAUGGUUCUGUGUAGGGUGUACCAUUGCUCAAGGGUAUUGUGUUUGAUUUCUAGGAUGUGAGUGUAGAAUAAAAAUACACUCUUAGAGACGUAGAAUCAGUGGGAGUGUGGUAUAAUUGUUGCAAAUUGUGGUGCUACAUUACAGUAUAUGUGUUUUAUGUGAUUACCUGAUACCAGUGUGUGGAGUAGGCACUACACAGCUAAUCUUUGCAAUACAUUUCUGUGGUUAACAAUUGAAUGUAUAUUUGCUACUUGUAUUCCUUAAACUGUAAUGUGACUACCUGAUGAGAAAUCCCUGGUAAAAGAAAACGUCUGGCCCUGAAAGCCUGAAUUACAUGACAAAUGGGCAAUAUAGGGGUGCUAGGGAUGAAGGUCCAUAUCUCACUUUAUGGGGGGAUUAUUUUAAAAGACUUUAACAUUGCAGAUUAAUUAUAUUUUUGUGAAUGCGGAAAGGAUCUGAAAGGAACAGUCAGCUCUGAAGGACUGUUGACAGUCUUCCCAUACCUUAACCCUGUAUUCUGUUAAUCAGUGAAACCUUUUGCAAGGCAAAUGUUUUCAACAAAAGAAUAGACCAUACCAUGCAGAUGUUUUCAAACAUGAGAUUACUACCAGUAGUGUGCAACUAUGCUAAAUCUUUCAAGCUACUGGUCUUUAUUCAGUGGAUGGCCUAAAAAUGCUGACCAGGGGAAGAACAGGUAUGCAUACAAGCGAGGACUGGCAGAGAAAUAUAUACACAUUUGUAUAAAAGACAUAUAUAAUAUGAUAAAUUUGUUUAUAUAGAUUUGUCAAAAAGCUAACAUGAGAUAAGGUCAAAUCUGAUUAAAUAAACUAAGGGCACUUUUAUUGGCCGCACAAAGGAUGCAUCCAGCUGAGAUUUGACCAAAUGAGCCUUUGAUUCGUUGGCUGAUUGUUUUCCCUUUUACAUGGACCAAUUAUCGGGAGCGACUGUUCCUAGGAAUGCUUAUUCACCAGACAAUUGGCUUGUGUAAAAGGCCUAAAUGUGAGAAGAAAGGGGUUGCCUGAAAAUAAAGAUAAGGGAUUGCUUGGGUUCAGGCCUGUUUUGCUACAGUACCAGACACAGAACAUGAACAAGAGUGGCACUGUUUCUAUAAUAAAAAGAAUAAAGUACCCUAGAAAAAAGAAGAAAAAUGUAUAUGCAGGAGAACGAAUGAUCAUUGGGGCUACCAUUAACAUUUAAAGAAACAACUCACUCUUUAGAAGAGCAAUGUACCCUCAAACUGGCAGAGGAGCUCCAUGCCAAGUAUGCUGCAAAAACUAUUCUACCGCUGAUUUUCAGCACACCAGCACAAGUUACUCAAACUUGGUAUUAGAGAUCCUCGAGCGUUCACAGAAGAGAAUCUCAAAUACCAAGUAGGAGUAACUGGUGCUGGUGUGCUGAAUGUAAGGACCAGCAGUGUAUGAGUUUGGGCAGCUUGGCAUGGAGCCAAGCGUAUACACUAUGUAUGAACAAUUCCUUAAUGUUUGUUUUUGUUUCUUUUGCUCCUAAAAAAUGCAAUAAAUAAAUAAGAGCAACUCUGAAAGUUUUAUGUGUAGGGAGGUUAUUUCUUUUUUGUUUUUUUAGGCAGGUGCAGGAAAAAAAAAGGAAACUCACCUGUUUGGACAGUGACUUUUUAUUUUAAAGGAAUCGGCGAAUGUGUACAUGCAUCCUAAGCCAGUAUGCCUGCUCCAGAGCAUCCAUGCUUUGCUCCGGUGGGUUCAAACUGUGCCUGAAAGGUAAAUGAAGGCUUUCUUCUUAUCUUUAAACACCUAUACAUUUCCGAGUAGCUGUCCUUGCGUAAAUACUUGGGUUCCUACUAUGUACACAGGGCUGCCUCAUUAGUUUUAUCCCCUCUCCUUUUAGUCAUCAGUAUUCUCAGUAGGAUACUGCAUAGAACAGGGCUGCUUUUGCAAUGUAACCCCUUACUUGUUAUUAUCCUUUCUGCUGCUGUUUAGUCAUAAUCAAUAUCAGUAGUUCACUGCAUAGACCUGGACUGGUUUUGUGGUGAAAACACCUUGCUUGCUGGGAUCCUGCUGCUGUUUGUUUCAGUGCAUGAACAACCUCCCACCCUCACCCCACCCCACAUGCUUUCUAUAGUAGGGUACUGUAUAAAUCAUCCCCUAGCAGAGAGUCAGCCUGUUCAGUUCAGUGCACUUUCUCCAGCACUAUUUCAUGGCAGAGAGAGCUUGUGAGUAGUUGUUUUCCUGUGUUUUACAAAAAAAUAAAUAAAUAAGAGAAAGGAAGUGCCUAUGUAUGUAUUACUGGCUAACAGCUCAGCUCUGGUCCCACCCCUUGAAAUGGAGAGAAUGAGAAAUAGCUUUGCCCCAUAGAAGGGACACUCAGGGGCUCAAAACUAGAGCUCAAAAAUCCCCUACUCACCUUGAGGGGUUAAUGAAAAAAGCAUGCAGGUUUUUUAAAUUCUUUUGAAUGUACAGGUACACUUCAAUUUGAAUGUUUAUCUAGGGUAAUCCUUUUUUAUUCUUAUUAUUACUAUAACUAUUAGUUAUUUUACAUCAAGAAAAUUAACUGCUUUGCCAAAAUAAAUUUUGAUCAAUGUGACUAAUAUGUAUCU